AUGGACAAGAAGACGGCUCUCGCGCAGCUGCGCCAGUCGAAGUUUGUCUAUGAGCGCGGCCUUGAGCGACAGGAGGCGGAGCGACGAACAAAGCUGCAUCGAUUUCUUGAUCAGCACAAGCACGCCAGUCAAUGGGCAACGUCUCUUGCAGCUCUUGAGGAUGCAGUGCGGCACGGUGUGAUGCCGAACGACGCGGCCCUUUGCCGCGCCAUGUUCCAGUGCGGUCAGCGUGGGCAGCUCCAGGCUGCAAAGCGAGUGUACGUCGAUCUCUACCGUCAGAUCGGUCGUCCGCGCCCCCUUACUGCUCAUGUGGCCUUCAUGGCUGCUUGUGCAGACGCCGGUGACUUUGCUGAGGCACACCGGCAAUUUCGCGUGCUGCGUGACCGAGAUGUCGUACAACACGCCAAGAAUGUGUCGCACUGCCCAGUGGUGAACGACGACCUCACAACCGAGUACUUGCGAGCCGCGCUGUGCGCCUCCCUCGGGCGGCGGCCUGCGAGUGGGGAAGAGGGAGCCGCUGCAGCCGCCGGCGCAGCGCCAAUACCCGUCACCCGGAGUCAAAACAGCUCAACGCCUGAGUCUGCCCAGAGUAGCCUCUCCUCCAAGACGGUGAGGGAGGAGGCAACACCCCAGGCCGCGCAUUGGAGCCAGCAUCGUCCCCGAGGGGGCGGCUACGGCGGCAAAUCUCGUGCAGAUGCCACUACGCAGAACGCUGACGGCACGUCCGCCUCCUCUCCAUGGCAGGUCGCGUUAGAGGAGUUUGUCGCCUUGCGCAAGGAUGCAGGUAUGUUUCGCAAGAGCAACGAGCUGACACCGUUACUGCUGGAGACGGCAACCCAACUCGCCUGCUUAGGCAGACAAUGGCAUCUGUGCCUUUCGAUUCUCCGGGGUGCGGAGGCUGAGCAGGCGCUCAUCCCGCCCGAAGCGUACGAUGCAGCCAUUCGUGCCUGCUACCAAGCGCGGAAGCCCACACAGGUGGUGUGGCUCAUGGAGCAGCUCAUAGCGACGCGCGUGCCUCCCGAUGAGCGGAGCGUGCGACUGGCGCUGUCGGCGUCAGAAGAGGUCUCAGCUCAGGAACGUGCCCGACAGUCGCUUUCAUCAUCGGGAAUCGAUGCAGUUGGUGGGGGUGGUCGUGGGUGGUCGAUGGCGCUCACACUCUUUCAAGCCCUUGAGCGCAACGGCUUCCCACUAUAUCAGCAGAGCUACGAGGCACCGUUGCGUGCGUGUGUCAACGCUGGUCGGUGGAAAGAGGCCUUUCAGAUGCUGAACAUCAUGCGGCGUGACCACCGGCCUGUAUCAGCCCCCGUGUAUGCUCAGGCGCUAGCCUCUCGAAUCGAAGCUGCCACAACGUGGGUAGAAGUGCGUCGGCUGAUGCGCACCGCCAGCCUCGCAGAGGGGCACGCGAGUGUUGUGGUACUCUAUCUUGCCGCGCUGCGGGCCUGCAUGCGACUGCGCGACUGGACGCACUUUGCCGAGCUGAACCGUGAGAUGCGGGACCGCGACAUCCCCGAAACCUACGAUAAGAUGCGACUACUGAUCGAGGCAGCAUAUCUCCAAAAGCAGUACCACAGCGUGCUCAUGCGAUUUGCUCGGUUUGAGAACAUCACGCAGCAUGAGCGUCGCCGCGUCGUCGAAGACAAGCUUGUGCGCCUCUACGAGGAGGACUUUGACCUGUCCCCGGCGCUGCUAGAGAUGGUGCUGGAGGCAUUCGAAAAGAUAAAAGGUCACGCAGAUCCUAUGGUCGAGGCCGCCUACCAAGCUGCGCUUCGGCGCAUGGAACGGGAGAGAGGCGGGCAGAGCCUCGUCGGUGCUCACACCGCACCGGAAGCGUGGAUGUACUCACAGAGAGCCCGUGAGGCACGUACUUCACCCGAGUUUCAUUAA